AUGAGUAGAGGAGGAAGAAUGAAUAGGUUUAUGCAAGAUGAUCUCGAUCAACAACAAGGUCGAGAAGUAUCAUUAUAUGAUACUAUACAACAAGAUAUAAGAGUAUUCUUUUAUAAUAUACAACAAAACCAUGAGUUGGUAUGGGUGAUUCUAGCAGUUACACUCUUACUAGUCUACUAUAGAAACACUAUAAAAAGAGCAUUUCAAAACCUAUUUACAAAAAAAGAACAAGAAUAUGCAAAGGAAAAAUUAGAGGAAUUUGAUGAAAAUGUUAGAUUGGCAAGACUUAAAUUACAAGAGCAACAAAACGAGGUAUCACAAGAAAAAAAGGAACAACAAAUUAAAAAGGAACAAGAUAAAAUAUUAAAUCCACCAAAAAAAACCCCAAGAGACAAUGAAAGAUUCUCUGCAGCUUUGAAUCAAGGUUCACAAGGAGGAGGUGGUUCAUACAGACCAUCAUUAUCAAUGAGAAAACAAGGUUCAUCAUGUUGUAAUAAAUAA